AUGCGCCUCAAGUUCCGAAUCAUGCAGGCCGUCGACAAGUUCACCGCGAGGAACACGCAGUUCCAGUUCCCUCUGCUCGACCUCCCCAAUGAGCUCAUCGCACACAUCAUCGAGCAGGUCGACAACAUCCGCACCUUACGGCGACUGGCACGAACAUGUCGCAGAGUCCAACAUCUAGCAGAGCCGGCGCUAUACCGCUCAAUUCUCGUCAGAACAGGACCUGAGACGAAUGACAUCCGCCUCGCGCUCGAUUCUCGACCCGAACGUGCUGCGGGGAUUCACUAUCUUGAAAUCCCUUGCCAUGCACGCUACAGGCAGGACUUCGAAGCCAUUGCGGAUUUACUAGAUCGAGCACGAAACCUCAAGGAAUUGAUUUUCGAGAGCCCGCAAUGUAAUACGAGCGAGUUUGAGGAUGCCGAGACGUGGCGAGAGAUGGCGACCCAACUAUUCGAGCCCUUUCAGAAUGCUGUGGCGCUUGAGAAAGAAGUCGAUCUUGCACGAAAGCCAUUGCAGAAGUUAAGGAGGCUCACACUUCAUUGCAACGGCCCUGACAGCCCGUACUGGACUUUGGAUUCAGGAAGCCUAGCAAUCUUCUUAUUACCCAACUUACAGUUCCUCAAAGUCUCUUGCGUCAAUAUCUUGGAUAGAGUGCUCGAAGACGCCAAAGACAAGUCGUCCAAAACACUCAAACAUCUCGAAUUGGAGGAAUGCAACGUCAGUCACCGCGGACUUCACGGUAUCUUGUCUGUACCACAAGAUUUGGAAGUUUUGUAUCUUGGAGAAAAUUGCCACAACAUCCUUCAAUUUGCGGACGACAUCGAUCCCGGCUCCAACCACCUCUUCACCGUCAACCCUCAACUCACAGUCGACGCACUGAAACAACAGAGCAGCACUCUCACGACCUUCACGUACACCACCACAGAGACGUACUUCCAACAUCGCCAUCUAGCCCGAAUCAGGGAUGCUUGCAGCGCCCCCAUUGAUGCUGGAUUCACCGACUUUAACAAGCUCACGAAGGUGUCAUUAAUCGGGCACUGCCCUAACUUCGAGCGUGCGCUCAUGACAUCCUGCUCUCCACCAAUUUUGAAGACUCUCGAAUUCAAGGCUUUGACUCCGUUUAGGAGAGAACUUGGAAGCACAGCGGAAGAUCACGCUAUUGGAAUUGUUCCUUUCCUUCGAGCACCAUCAGCAUCAGUGCCAUCUACUCUGAAGAACAUAGACAUCUCAUUCGGUUCCACGGCUUACGAUGCAGACGGCAACAUUCUACCAUCCCAGACCAAGAACCUGAUCGAAGUCACAUCGAAAGCCACCCGUUCGAUGGGAGUCCAUCUACGAUUUUUCUUCAAGCCGCGCAGCCAUUACUUCCCACCUUACCUCUACGGAGAGCCAACGCCAGUGGAAACCCUGGUCUACGACGGCAGUCUAUUAGCAUGGACGAUUGUGCAUCUCUGGGGAUAG